AUGCCUCCAAAAUUCGAUCCAAGUGAAGUUAAAUUCAUUUACUUAAGAGCCGUCGGUGGUGAAGUUGGUGCUUCUUCUGCAUUAGCCCCAAAGAUUGGUCCUUUAGGUUUAUCCCCAAAGAAGGUCGGUGAAGAUAUCGCCAAGGCUACCAAGGACUUCAAAGGUAUUAAGGUUACCGUUCAAUUGAGAAUCCAAAACAGACAAGCUGCUGCUUCUGUUGUUCCAUCUGCUUCAUCUUUAGUCAUCACUGCCUUGAAGGAAGCCCCAAGAGACAGAAAGAAGGAAAAGAACGUCAAGCACUCAGGUAACAUUCCAUUAGAAGAAAUCUAUGAAAUUGCCAGACAAAUGAGAGAAAAGUCUUUCGGUAAGACCUUAGCUUCAGUUACUAAAGAAAUUUUAGGUACUGCUCAAUCAGUUGGUUGUCGUGUUGAAGGUAAAAACCCACAUGACAUUAUUGAAGCCAUCAACGAUGGUGAAAUUGAUGGUAUGUCUAGUAUGGCUUGACUCCCGGGCGCUGUGUAUCUGGUAUACAUUUGCUGGGGGCUCGAGUACCAAUUUUCCACAUGAGAAAUUUUUUCAGUUCAAUUUACUAACGCAUCUAUAGUUCCAGAAAACUAAGUUAUGUACAAAAGUGUUUUAAUAGGGUUUAAUUGAUAUUAUCGUUCAA